CUGGCAUUGCAGCUCGUGUCGGGGCUCUGCCGAUGCCGGAUCGUGUCCCCAAGCAUUUGCACCUCCUCCUUAGCUCUCUGAAGGUAGAUAAAAGGGCCUGCCGCAGAGACACCUGAUGCUGUGACGCCAAGGAAUUCAGUAGAGGAGACAGUUUCCCUUUGCUUAAGCCAGAAACCCGGGCAAGCAUGCUGAAGCCAAGCGGACUGAAAAUUCCUGGCAGGGCUGGGAAGCAUUCCAGCCCCGUGGGACGCCCCGGCGGGACAGCGACCACGGCCGCCACUGCCGCCACUGCCCCCAAGGAAGGGUCUCCUCUGCACAAGCAAGGUUCGACAUCUUCUACCACUGCCUCCGAGAAGCCGGCGGGGUCCAAAGUGGCCGAAGUGGGCGACGAAUUCCUGGGGGACUUCGUGGUGGGCGAACGCGUCUGGGUCAACGGAGUGAAGCCCGGCGUGAUCCAGUAUCUUGGAGAGACCCAGUUUGCCCCGGGACAGUGGGCAGGAGUGGUUUUGGAUGACCCGGUGGGCAAGAACGAUGGCUCCGUGGGCAGCGUCCGCUACUUCGAGUGCCAGCCCCUGCAGGGGAUCUUCACGCGGCCCUCCAAGCUGACCCGCCAGCCCACGGCAGAGGGCUCCGGGAGCGAUGCCCAUUCCGUGGAGUCCCUGACGGCCCAGAACUUGUCCCUUCACUCGGGGACCUCCACGCCGCCCCUCUCCACCCGCGUCAUCCCGCUGCGGGAGAGCGUGCUUAACAGCACCAUGAAGACCGGGAACGAAUCCGGGUCCAACCUGUCCGACAGCGGGUCAGUGAAGAAGGGGGACAAAGACUUCCGGCUCGGAGACCGUGUCCUCGUUGGCGGAACCAAAACUGGUGUGGUACGCUACGUGGGGGAAACUGAUUUUGCCAAAGGGGAAUGGUGUGGAGUUGAGUUGGACGAACCUUUGGGGAAGAAUGACGGUGCGGUUGCAGGAACACGGUAUUUCCAGUGCCCCCCCAAGUUCGGCCUCUUUGCUCCUAUCCACAAGGUGAUCCGGAUCGGCUUCCCGUCCACCAGCCCGGCCAAAGCCAAGAAGAGUAAGAGGAUGGCCAUGGGCGUCUCGGCCCUGACCCACAGCCCCAGCAGUUCGUCGAUCAGCUCCGUCAGCUCCGUGGCAUCUUCUGUUGGAGGGAGACCCAGCCGGAGCGGGCUGCUGACGGAGACCUCCUCACGCUACGCCCGGAAGAUCUCCGGCACGACGGCGCUGCAGGAGGCGCUGAAGGAGAAGCAGCAGCACAUCGAGCAGCUGCUGGCCGAGCGGGACCUGGAGCGAGCCGAGGUGGCCAAGGCCACCAGCCGCAUCUGCGAGGUGGAGAAGGAGAUCGCCAUCCUGAAAGCCCAGCACGAGCAGUAUGUCGCCGAAGUAGAAGCGAAUUUGCAGCGGUCCAGGGCCUUGCUGGAUGGGGCGCAGAAGGAGAAAGUGGAGCUGCUGAACCAGCUAGAGGAGGAGAAAAGGAAAGUAGAAGAUUUGCAGUUCCGUGUUGAGGAAGAAUCUAUUACAAAGGGAGACUUGGAGACUCAAACGCAGCUGGAGCAUGCCCGAAUACGGGAGCUCGAACAGAGCCUCCAGUUUGAGAAGACGCAGGCUGAAAGGCUUCUCAAAGAACUGGAGGACACGAGGUUGACCACAGUGGCCGAGAAGUCAAGAAUCCUUCAGCUAGAGGAAGAGUUGACCUUAAGGCAAAGCGAGGUGGAAGAGCUGCGGCAGUGCUUAAAGAACUCUCAUCAGCCUGAGUCUCCGGAUCAUGGCCUUGGCUUGCAGACCGAAGCUCUCCGCCUACGUGACCAGCUGCUUUCGGCCAACAAGGAGCACCAGAAGGAAAGCAUCCAGAUGAAGGAGAAGUAUGAUAGAACCUUGAAGAAGCACCAGCAAGAGAUGGAGAAGUUGAAAGCCCUCAAUGAGAAGUACUCCCAAGAAAUCCUGGAUCUCAAACAUAAAGUGCAGCAGGCCACCAACGAGAACAUGGGCUUGAUGGACAACUGGAAGUCCAAGCUGGACACCCUGGCCUCUGAUCAUCAGAAGUCAUUGGAGGACCUCAAGGCUACCUUGAACACGGGCUCUGAUACCCACCAUAAGGAGAUAGUGGAGCUGAAAGCUGUGGUGGAGAGCAUCAAGAUGGAACACCAGCUGGAGCUGGAGAACAUGAAGGCCAAGCAUGACAUUGAGAUGGCCGUUCACGUCAAGGAGAAGGAAAGUCUGAAGCUCAAGGUGCAGGAAGCCAAAGAUGAAAUGGAAGAAAGCGACCACAACUGGAAGAUGCAGCUGGAAACCAAAACCAACCAGCACCUGACCGAACUUCAGGACCUCAAGGACAAAUGUCGGGAUGCGGAACUCCGAGUGCACGAGUUGGAGAAGCUGCACGGCGACUACAAAGACCAGGUGGAAGCCAUUGCCUUCUUGAAAGAACAGAUCUCUCUGGCUGAGAAGAAGAUGUUGGACUAUGAGACGCUGCAGAAAACGGAGGCCCAGAGUAAACAAGAGAUCCAGAGGCUGCAGGAGAAAGUCCUUGUGUUGGAGAACAAGCUGCAGUCCACGGAGCCUCUUCACCCCUCCCAGCAUGCCAACAUGAUCGAAACAAAUGACAUUUCAGAGGAAAAAAUCAAGAUGAAGCAGGCAAUGGAAGAUCUCCAGGACAAGCUGAGUAAGAAGGACAAAGAAGUGUCAUCCCUUGUCUCUCAGACGGACAUUUUAAGGGCCCAAGUAAGUGCACUGGAAAGCAGGUGCAAGAGCACCGAGAGGAAGGCGGAUUCUUUGCUGAAGGAGAAGAAGCGGCUCGAAGCGGAACUGGAAACGGUGUCCAGGAAAACGCACGACGCUUCUGGCCAGCUGGUUCUGAUCAGCCAGGAGUUGCUCAAGAAAGAAAGAAGCCUGAACGAGCUGCGUGCGCUGCUGAUGGAAGCGAGCCGGCACUCGCCCGGCCCGGAGCGGGACCUGAGCCGGGAGGUACACAAGGCCGAGUGGAGACUGAAGGAGCAGAAGCUCAAGGACGACAUCCAGGGCUUGCGGGAGAAGCUGACGGUGUUGGACAAAGAGAAAGCAGUGACAGACCAGCGGAGAUUCUCCCUCAUAGACCCUUCCUCAGAGUCGGAAAUUCUCCGGUUGCAGCAUCGGCUGGUCAGCACGGAGGAUGUCUUGAGAAAUGCCUUGGAGCAAGGCCAGCAGAUGGAGAAACUGAUGGAAGCCAUGAGAAGCUGUUCCGAGAGAGCGCAGAUGAUGGGAAACUCUGAAUCAGCUAAUGGGAUCCAUCAGCAGGAUAAACAAGAGGAGAGGCACUGAUGAAGGAGAAGAGGCUGAGAAGGGCUAUGAGAUGCUCGGGUUUCCUCCCGAGAAGAGGCAGCACGUGGAAUACCUCCUCUCUGGUACCCGAGUCCCCGUUUAAGCACUACCUAAAGUAUUUCUGCUCUACAAACACUACAGCAUUCAUGGGAGUGUGUUCGCAGGUAUAACCAGGACGGCCCAACCCCAGAAGUUCCGAUUUCCCAAGCUGGGUCGGUUCCUGAAGAAAGCGGUACCGCAUUUGUGUGUUCGACUGAAUUUAUCCACCUCUAUGUGCAGCGCCGGGUGACUGGCUAAUUGGCAUGGGCCUCCUGGUGCCAGCUUUGGGGCGGGGGUGGGGUGCCCAUCUGCGCUGGCUGGUGGGGGUGCCCCAUUCCACGGCCCGUGGGGAGAGGUUGGCCAGGACCUGUAUGCGGCUUUCUCCUGCCAGAUGCUUGCCCUUGUCCUUUCCGCACUCGACAUGCCUGCAGAACAGCCGCGCCCAGAACGGUCGAACGUGGGGGCAGCUUGGUCUGGAGACUCCCCAGGUGGACGACCACCACAUCAGCGUCCCAGCGGACAGGUUCCGAUUCAUCCUAGCCGUGAUCACGCGGGAGAAACGUUUUGGAGUGGACCUUUCUUUAACUUAUUUUAACUUUGGUAACUGUCAAGUCAUUGGUGGUGGUUUCCGAUUAUGGAAACGGUGGUGGACCUUCUGCCGGUGCCUGUAGGAGCUUCUCAUCUGACCGUGGGAAGCCUGGCGGCUCGCGCACCCGUGCCAGGCAAAAGCAGAAAAUGCCACAGUGCGGCGUUCAGCAAAGCUUUUGCAGCAACUUGGCAUCUUCCGAUAGCUGGCACGGCAAAAGACGCAAUUCCCAGCAGCUGCUGGGGGUGAUGGGGGUUGCAGUCCAAUAUAUCUGAAGAGGGGGUGGCUUGGGGAAGGUUGCUCCAGGGAAACAGCUGGGUUCUUCAGCUUCGCUUCUUCAUGGUUCCCACUCAACUUGUGUCGUAAUUCUGACGUUUCCCCAGUGACUGGAGGAUUAUUUUUAAUAACUCAGCCCGAUUUAGACAUGUGCAAAAAAACAAACGAACAAAAAAUCAUCCCCGUGCAUUGUCCUGGUUGUAGACUGCAGGGAUGUGUUGGUAUAUCUGAGUGCUGCAGCACCGGAAAUGACAAUACAGACCUCCCUGCUUGUAGAGAGCUAGCAUGUCAGGGAGAAGGGUUCACCCUGGGGAACUUCCUGCCCUGCUGUUUCCCUGCUUGUGUGGAGCAGCACUGUAAGAAGCUCCUCCUCGCAAGAGCUGAUGAGGUCCCAGAACUUCCGGCCCACCACGGUUCCCUCACUUCUGCAAUUGGUCAAGUAUUUCCUUGCAUGUAUGAAAUCUGAACUGUAGAGCUUAAUCUCCCAAUGGGAUGGACUUGUGUGUUCUAACAUGAGUGUUGGAGUGAAGGGGGUUUUGUAUGGUGGUUUUGCCUUUCCAUAGUGGUACGCAGGUUUGAGAGAGAGAGAGAGAGAAUCUGCGUGUGUUUAGUGUUACAAAAGCCUUUUUUAAAUGAAGAGAUCUCAGUAUUAGAAAAAGCACCCCAGGCUUUGAAUUUGGAUCCAGUUUGCUCUAAAAUCAAUCCAUGGGGUGAACCUUUGCCCCCACCCCCACUGCACCCACACUCCAAGCCCUGUGGACUUUCUGUGCCUCUCCACUGCACUCCCCCCGGUAUGUGACAGACAGGAGAAAAGCCACACCGUGCAAAACUUGAGUAAUUUACUUCUUUGGUGCCCAGCCCAGAUGACACGCGUCUGACAUCAAGCAGAAUAGCUAUCCAGUUUGCUCUCUGUGCAAAAGAUUUUCCUUGCAAAUUGACAGUGCUGCAUUUCAGAAAUCGGAAACCUGUAAGGGCAAACUUCAGUCCACAGGAAACUGAGCCCAAAUUCUAGUUCAAUCCUAGCUCAAAUUCUAGGAUUUUCUGGUACCGUAGAAUGGCUUUCCCAUUGAACUGGGCAGAGAUAGUUCUGACUAUCAAUCUGUAGGAAUGCAGCACUGCCGUUGCAUUUUUCUAUCCAUUUCUUAUUCCCCAACCAUGUGAUUUACCAGAAUGGCACAGACCUUUACAAUACUUUUUUUUGUCAUGGAACAGAGCUCCAUUUCCUUCUCAGUUCAUAUUUGAUGUGUGAAGAGCUUUCCCAAGAUCUGUGGCAUUAAUUGGAAAAUCAAAGAAAACACCCACCCAGUCUUGUGUUUGCCUGCUCUAAUUUUUGUGCGCCGCAUUCACCUUCCGCUGCAGUUUUGUCCAACCUGUGCACCACGUGAGCUGAGCUGGGGAGUGGAUGCAGUGGACAUUUUCUGCUGUCUUCUUGCUCCUCUCUCUUCUCCCUCCAGGGUUUGUUGAGAAAUUGAUCAUGUUAGGAGGUGAGAUAAGGAAGCAGAGAUUAAGGGGGCAUCCCUGUGCAAGUUUAGAACAAAGCCUACAACUCCCAGCAUGCCCCUGUCAGCAUAGCUGAGGCAUUCUGGGUGUUGUGGGCCUUUCUCAAUCAAGUUGGCAUCGGGCUGCACUUUCAGUCGGUCUUUUUGUGGGUCUCUAAAGGUGCUGCGUUAGUGGUGCGCUCAUUCUCCGUCUGGUUCCUAUUUCUUUGUUUUGAUGAAUUAGUGGAUGGACAAAAACAUCUGUCUGCUUCCAGUUCUCUGCCGUUCCUCGUCUUGCUGGUGGCCUUUCACUGCGCUUUUUCAACAGCUUUAUGCACAGGGACUGUUUGGAAUUGAACUCCAAAGGCUGGCCAACAUUUCCCCUAAGGAAUUAUUUCCAUUCGCUUGGCAGGGGCUGCGUUCAUACAGAUAGAAAAAGCUGCUUUCUGGUGAAUCUUGCUUUUGCAGGACCACACGGGCUUGUUGCCUCCUCCUCCUAGUAAAAAUGGAUAAUUAAGUUGGCAUAUGAGGUGUAGUAUGACCUCUGAACCUGGCAUCCUGGUUUGCUGAACCUUCUACAAGUCAGAAUUACAAGCCAGUGUUGGAUCCUAGCUUAUGAAUCCUGGCUCAUUUAGAAGCAACAAGCCAGGAUUUGAGGGUUGGACACCCCUGCAGGCUCUCUAUUUUGUGCUAGUUUUGCUGCUCAAGGGGAGCCACGUGGGAAUAAAGGGACUGUGUAGAUGCUCACUCACAACAAGAGAACGUUGGGUUUCCUCUUCUGUGUGAACUGUCUCUUAAAACAGUGGGCCCAAUGAUCUAUAUUCUAGUUUUCCACCCCAGUUACAUCACAGCACUAAGAGAAUCUUAUAUACUGCCAUGGAUCCACCUUUCCGUCUAUCCUCUACAUCAGCAGAAAAGCGUGAAGGGCUUCCACAGAACAAGGCAACACUAAAAUAGUUUGGAAAGGACUUGUCUAUCUGGUUUGUUUUCCAUUUGUUCAGGUUGGAAAAGGCUUAAGGGUCACCUGAUGAAAGAACAAAGGUUUAGUACCAGUCGGCUGCUGGGGGAGACAUCCCCCACAUUGCCAAAAAUCCAGAAGGCCAAAUUACGUCCCCAGUAGGAGUCAUGACCAAUUUGCAAGUGUUGGGUAGCAGUGCAAAUUUGGCUCUCCUUUUCUAAGUCAAGGCACCGUGGCACAUGCCUAAGCCGUCUUUGGAGUCCGAAUAAACGUGCCUGGGAAGUUCACAUGAAGAGAGAACCGAGGUCUCGGCGCGAGUCUUAAGGGAAAGCUGCCUAGCGAUUCAAGACAUAAUUGUGUAUGGAUGUAUUAAUCCACUAAACAAAUUGACCCAACUUACAGAACUCCUGCGCAGGACCAGAAAAAGCCGCUGCUAGAUGUAAUAAAAUGGAUAACCUUUUACCCACGUGGUAUGUAUUCCAAUUUUGUAGUUUUAGUCACUUUUUUGGCUAUCAAAUUUUGUUAGAUAAAGAAAAUCAGUUCGACAGCUAAUGUCUAUUUUGUUAUUGGUUCAUUUUUUUUUCCUCUGUACAAAAACGGGACAGAUGGGAGUCAGUUAAGUGUAACUGCUUCUGCAGAUUAUGUAUUCAUGUAUCUCAAGCCGUCAGACUGGCUUGCCGAAGUGAGAUGACCUCAUACUAAACCAAUAAAACCUUAUGGUGGAAGAGAA